CCUGGGUGGUGUUGCUCUGUAUCGUGCGAUGUCGGGCCGGAAACCUGCCUUUGGCCGUGCCGCUACCACCGGCCCAGCCCCUGCAGGGCAAGCGGUUUUGAGCAGAUUCUUCCAGUCUACGGGAAGCCUGAAGUCCUCCUCGUCCACCACGGGUGCAGCCGACAAGGCCGACCCUGACUCUGACUCCGCAGCGCCCCUAGCGUCCACUUUCCCGUCUCACUUGCCGCCACACGUGGUUGCAGAAGUUGGCAGCAGUAAAAAGAGACCACUGGAGAGUGAUGGGCCUGUUCAAAAGAAAGCAAAGAAAGUCCAAGAAAAGGAAGGAGGAAGUGAUUCAAUAAAGUUUGGGAAUGCUGAGCCAAAGAAAUGUCUGAGGACCAAGAAUGUUUUAAAGUCUCUGGAAAAAUUGAAAGAAUUCUGCUGCGAUUCCGCCCCUCCUCGAAAUAGAGUCCAGACAGAACCUCUUCAGGAGAGAUUGGCAGUUCUGCCAAAAUGUACUGAUUUUGACGAUAUCAAUCAUCUACUUGCAAAGAAGGCAGUUUCUUGUGAAGACUCCAAAUCUCGUAUUAGUCAAAAGGGUACGACACUUUCUGAUCUCAGUCCUUUUGGAUCAUCACACACGGGUAAUGACAAUUCACAGAAAACUUCUGAUCCUAAGCCAUCUAACAAACGGACAAAAAGCAUUUAUACACCUUUAGAAUUGCAAUACAUAGAACUGAAACAACAGCAGAAAGAUGCAAUUUUGUGUGUGGAAUGUGGAUAUAAAUAUAGAUUCUUUGGGGAAGAUGCAGAGAUUGCAGCCCGGGAGCUCAAUAUUUAUUGUCAUUUAGAUCACAACUUUAUGACAGCAAGCAUACCUACUCACAGACUGUUUGUUCACGUACGCCGCCUCGUGGCAAAGGGAUAUAAGGUGGGAGUUGUGAAGCAGACGGAAACUGCAGCAUUAAAGGCAGUUGGGGACAACAGAAGUUCACUGUUUUCCCGGAAACUGACUGCUCUUUAUACGAAAUCUACACUCAUUGGAGAAGAUGUGAACCCUUUAGUCAAGCUGGAUGAUGCUGUAAAUGUCGAUGAGAUAAUCACUGAUACUUCUACUAGCUUUCUUCUGUGUAUCUGUGAAAAUAAGGAAAACGUUAAGGACAGAAAAAAGGGGAACAUUUUUAUUGGAAUUGUGGGAGUGCAGCCUGCCACAGGUGAGGUGGUGUUUGACAGUUUCCAGGACUCUGCUUCCCGUUCGGAGCUGGAGACACGGAUACUGUGCCUGCAGCCGGUGGAGCUGCUGCUUCCCUCACACUUGUCAGAGCAGACGGAGACGCUCGUGCACAGAGCUACAGCUGCCAGUGUGCGGGAUGAUAGAAUUCGAGUAGAAAGGAUGGAUAACGUGUAUUUUGAAUACAGCCAUGCUUUCCAGGCGGUUACAGAGUUUUAUGCAAAAGAUGCACUUGACCUCCAAGCUUCUCAAACUUUUGCUGGCAUCAUUAAUUUGGAGAAACCUGUGAUUUGCUCUUUGGCUGCCAUAAUAAGAUACCUCAAAGAAUUUAACUUGGAAAAGGUGCUUUCCAAGCCCAAGAAUUUUAAACAGUUGUCGGGUGAAAUGGAAUUUAUGACAAUUAAUGGAACAACAUUAAGGAACCUUGAAAUCCUACAGAAUCAGACUGACAUGAAAACCAAAGGAAGUUUACUUUGGGUCUUAGACCAUACUAAAACUUCAUUUGGGAGACGGAAGUUAAAGAAAUGGGUGACCCAGCCACUCCUUAAACUAAGGGAGAUAAAUGCUCGACUAGAUGCUGUAUCUGAAGUGCUCCAUUCAGAAUCCAGUGUGUUUGGUCAGAUAGAAAAUCAUCUGCGUAAACUGCCUGAUAUAGAGAGAGGACUCUGUAGCAUUUAUCACAAAAAAUGUUCUACGCAAGAGUUCUUCUUGAUUGUCAAAACCCUGUAUCAUCUGCAGUCAGAAUUUCAAGCAUUAAUACCUGCUGUUAAUUCCCACGUUCGGUCAGACUUGCUGCAGACAUCUAUUUUAGAAAUUCCUGAACUCCUUAGUCCAGUGGAGCAUUACUUAAGGAUCCUUAAUGAACAAGCUGCCAAGACUGGAAAUAAAACCGAAUUAUUCAAAGACCUUACUGAGUUCCCUUUAAUAAAAAAGAGGAAAGAUGAAAUUCAAGAAGUUACUGACAAGAUCCAAAUACAUUUGCAAGAAAUACGAAAAAUACUAAAAAAUUCUUCUAUACAAUAUGUGACAGUGUCAGGACAAGAGUUUAUGAUUGAAAUAAAGAAUUCUGCUGUAUCUUGUAUACCAGCUGAUUGGGUUAAGGUUGGAAGCACAAAAGCUGUGAGCCGUUUUCACUCUCCUUUUGUUGUAGAAAAUUACAGACAUCUGAAUCAGCUCCGGGAGCAGCUAGUCCUUGACUGCAGUGCCGAAUGGCUUGGUUUUCUAGAGAAUUUCAGCGAACAUUAUCACUCCUUGUGUAAAGCAGUACAUCACUUAGCAACUGUUGACUGCAUUUUCUCCCUGGCCAAGGUCGCUAAGCAAGGAGAUUACUGCAGACCAACUCUGCAGGAGGGGAGGAAAAUCGUGAUUAAAAAUGGUCGGCACCCUGUGAUUGACAUGUUGCUGGGAGAACAGGAUCAGUAUGUUCCCAACAGUACGAAUUUAUCAGGGGAUUCAGAGAGAGUAAUGAUAAUCACUGGACCAAACAUGGGUGGAAAGAGCUCCUACAUAAAACAAGUUGCAUUGAUUACUAUCAUGGCUCAGAUUGGCUCCUACGUUCCUGCAGAGGAAGCAACAAUUGGAAUUGUGGAUGGCAUUUUCACGAGGAUGGGAGCGGCAGAUAAUAUAUAUAAAGGACAGAGUACCUUUAUGGAAGAGCUGACUGACACUGCAGAAAUAAUAAGACAAGCAACAUCCCAGUCCUUGGUUAUCUUGGAUGAAUUGGGAAGAGGGACGAGCACCCAUGAUGGAAUCGCCAUUGCUUAUGCUACACUCGAGCAUUUUAUUAGAGAUGUGAAAUCCUUAACCCUGUUUGUCACCCAUUAUCCACCAGUUUGUGAAUUAGAAAAAAGUUACUUGCAACAGGUGGGAAAUUAUCACAUGGGAUUCUUGAUCACUGAGGAUGAAAGCAAAGAGGAUUCAGGUGAAGAGCAAGUUCCUGAUUUUGUCACUUUUCUUUAUCAAAUAACCAGAGGAAUUGCAGCAAGGAGUUACGGACUAAAUGUGGCUAAACUAGCAGAUGUUCCUGGAGAAAUUUUAAAGAAAGCAGCUAGCAAGUCAAAAGAGUUAGAAGGAUUAGUAAAUAUGAAGAGGAAAAGGCUAAAGUAUUUUGCAGAGUUAUGGAUGAUAAAUGAUGCAAAAGACCUGCAAAAAUGGAGAGACGAGUUUGAAAUGGAAGAAAUUCCAGACUUCUCUUCUUGAUGAAAACGAAGACUACAUUUUUGGACAAAACAUGGAGAAUUAAAAAUACCAUCUGUACAAAACAACUCUCCACUAACAGCUUAUCUUUGUGUGAUGUGAGCAUAAAAUCAGAACUCUGGUAUAUUCCCAUGGGAAACAGGCCUUUUGUGUAGAAAUUCUGUUCCAGGUUCUUGUCAUCCUGACUUAGAAAAGUAUAAACAGUUUUGAAUAUUAAGACUUCUGUUACAUAAUUUAAAAACUUCAUGAAUAGUAAACUUCACAUAAAAUCGACCACCUAAAUGAAGCCUAACAUGAACCUUUAGAGAGUGAUAAGAAAAUUUAAUUCAUAUUUUUAUUUGUUCCAGUUCAGAUUAAUUUGCAACUGGCUGAGAUGUCUAGCAGAAAUAAACCUUUUCGCUUGAACUAAAGUAACUUUAUGCCACCAGUUUAUUUACUGUGAGCAUAAGAAUUUUUUAUGAGAAAUAGGAAAAGAUUAUCAAGCUUUUAGAAAGUAGAGCACAGAAGGAAUAAGAUCGUAUGAAAUUUGAAAAGUUAAAUACUCUCACAGUUUUAACGCAAUUUAAAAAUUAUGGGAUGAAAUUAUUUGUCAUUCAUUCAGGUAAUAAACAUUUAAUGAGUACUUGCUAUAAAUAAUGAUUUUUUUUCUUGUUGGAUUUUGGAUUUUUUCUUCUAUCUGGCAGUUGCUACUUUUUUAGGUUUAAUCGUGGAACCGAGGUUGCUGCUUCUACCAAAUGAGUCCUGAGCUCAUUUAUUUUGGAUCUUUCUGUUAAUCGGUAUAGAAGGCAUAUGAUCUCAUAUCGAAGUAUGUAGCUUUGUUCAUAGUUAACAGUGCUCCCUUCCUGCGUGUUUAGGUUGACACACGUUCAUCUGUGUCCUUGAGAUUUUAACAGCACUUACACCCCAGCUUCUCACAGCUGUGUGGUGAUGGUGGUGAAUCUGGGAUCUUGGGCAAAGGCUCUCCCUCCUAUUUCACACCCAGCUGUUAUCCCUGAUCAUUAAAUGUCUUCUCCACAUUUGAUUGACGUAUUUCAAACUCUUUCUUUAGUUUAUUUCCUCCAGUGGUCCUAACAGUGACCCCUGGACACAGGAGUCCAUAUAAUUUCCCUAAGCUGAAGGGUGGUUGGUUGCUGUACUUUUGAUCACUCACACUGUAGCCCUUUGACUCCUAGCCUUUUUGAAGUUAAGAGUAUGAUACCACUUGACUGAUUGCAUGGUCCCUUCAGAAGUAUUAACAUAGGGAAAUCCUCAAGAAUGUCUCAAAAGAGUUUGCUAUUGGAAGUACAAUCUAAAUUUUAAAAAGAACAAUACUCUUUAAAUAGUGCUUUAAUACUCUGUAUGAUUAUAAAUGUUUUAUAUUCUUUCUAACAAAAUUUUGGAGGUAGUGCUGUAAAUUUAAUGCAGGCCAGCAGGAAAAGGAGAUGCAUCCAGGAAUGUCAUGCCCAUGCCUGAGGGAGCUGCAGGGACCAGCCGUCACAGGUCAUGUCCAAGUGCGCAUUCGGGUCAUCUCUGACUUGGGCAGGCCAGCGUCAACAUUUAAGCAGGUAUGAGCUCCAGGAGCAAUGUGUCCAGGCAGUGGCCCGCAAUACACAGUAUCUGCAAGUGACAAUGUGGGCUCUUACAAGAUAGAUUCUUUAACCUGAGGCAGGGUAUCAGCCAGCCAGUGUGCAAGAGGUCAGUCCUGGUUAGGAAAAGACCAGCAGUGCAGAACUGCAUUUCCAAGCAAGGCCCCUUCCUGGCCAGGUAGCUGAGAUGUUGAAGGGAACGUUGGAGCAGAGUCCCAGUUAGGAAGAGGGCACAAAGGCCAUGAAGAUUGGCAGGAAAAAUGCAGUUGGUUGGGUACAUACUGCAGAUAACCAAACUGAGGGGUGCGAUUCUAAUAUCUUCUAGAUAACAAAUUUCAUUUCCUUUUGAUAGAUAGCCAGAAGUAGAAUGGCUGGAUCACAUGGUAGUUCUGUUUUAAAAUUUUUAUUAAAUUU